GUCAAUCUUCAAUCCAGUACGUGGUCUGCUGUCUAUAUAUAAGACGAUCGUCUCCAACAUGCUACGAAUUCAAUCUCGCCAGAACAAUAAUCAAGUUCCUGUCCUAUCUUAGCUCAAGCGCAUCUCCAGUCAGACUCGGAAUAUUCAACAGAGGAAAGGAAGGAAGCAAUUCAACAACGAAACAACUUAAUACUCGCCGACACCCAGGCUUACUUUAGCAUUCCAUUGUAGCCAGUCGUCAAUAGCCAAUAGCCCCCCUUGAAUCUUAGUCCUAUGUCUUCUACAACAUCCAAACCCUUUGGGGGAGGCGUCACUGGUGACAGAGUGGCCCCUCCUCCUCCCAAGGCCAUAAGCGGUAAAGAGAAGGUACCUCUGAGUACGCAUCUGAUCGCGGGUGGUGUCGCUGGCUUAGCAGAAUCACUUGCUUGUCAUCCUUUGGAUACCAUUAAGGUUCGAAUGCAACUAUCAAAAUCCAGAAAAGCGAAGGGACUCAAACCAUUAGGCUUCUUUGCGACAGGAAGACAAAUUGCUGCUCGUGAGACACCUCUGGGCCUGUACAAGGGUCUUGGUGCUGUCGUUAGCGGAAUUGUACCCAAGAUGGCCAUUCGUUUUGCUAGUUUCGAGAUGUACAAGGGAUGGUUAUCGAAUCCUGAUGGAAGCAUCUCCUCGAAAGCCACAUUUUUAGCUGGUCUCGGUGCCGGUGCGACAGAGGCGGUAGCUGUCGUGACACCCAUGGAAGUAAUUAAGAUUCGCCUGCAAGCUCAGCAACACUCAUUGGCUGAUCCCCUCGACAUCCCUAGAUAUCGCAACGCCGCCCACGCUGCCUUUACCAUUGUCCGAGAGGAAGGAAUCGCUACCCUCUAUCGGGGUGUUUCCCUCACCGCCCUCCGACAAGCGACAAAUCAAGGUGUGAAUUUCACAGCUUAUCAGCAAUUUAAGAAAUGGGCCAUGGACUUCCAACCGCAGCAUAAGGAAUCAGGCCAACUGCCAAGCUGGCAGACUAUGAUUUUAGGCUUGGUUAGUGGUGCCAUGGGACCAUUCUCCAACGCUCCAAUUGAUACUAUUAAAACUCGUAUUCAGAAAGCUUCAAAAGUGGAAGGGGAAACCGCCCUAUCCCGGAUGGCCAAGGUCGCUUCGGAAAUGUUUAGGAACGAAGGGGCCAAGGCGUUUUACAAGGGUAUUACUCCUCGUGUCUUGCGUGUGGCUCCUGGCCAGGCUAUUGUGUUCACUGUGUAUGAGCGUGUGAAGAAGAUGAUUGAUGUUGCAAAGGGAACUGCUUUAGGUGCCGAAUACGAUGAGUAGCAUGUAAAAAGGACGGGGUUUUACGAGUAAAACGUAUGCACUGUAUGCAUCAGAUCUA